UCCCAUGGACCUGUGAUUUUUCCGUAGGAAAGGCAAUUUCCAUUCAGAAUACAAGAAGAUACAUGUCUUUUGAAACUCUUAUUAGCUGUCUACCUAUCAACCAAGAAUGACGCUUCUCAUCGUAUGUCACUAUAAAAUUUGGUUGAUGACACCAACACUUUCCCAUUGGUAUUCAUGGCUUUUUAGCUGCACGAUCCAACAGGUUUAAGAGCCUGUUCAGAGCUGUUCUCGAUGUGGCUUCCUCUUGCUUUCUUGAUGACUAAAAGAAAUUCCAUAGACCCCACAACCUAUGACUCACACAAUACCAAGUUUAAAUACCAAGUCUAGAGCCCCAUUUUACAAUCUUGAAGCUUCCUCCAAAAUCCCACAGAAUCAAUACCAGCCAAGUCCCCUUAGUUCCCAGCAAAAAGCAGAUAUUAGCCAUGGUAUUAACCUCCCAGAGCCAUGAUCUCCCUUUAAAUGAGAAUGACUCGCAAGACAUGGUCAUAUACCAUAUGAUCAGUGAGAUCAGUGCCCCAAAUAGCAGUUCAAAUAAUACGCUUCCAAGAAGCCAUAUCAACACUUCAGGCAUGCUCCAACCAGCUAGGACAGCCGUAGCAAAGAAGCACUACAGAGGCGUGAGGCGUCGGCCAUGGGGCAAAUAUGCUGCCGAAAUUCGCGACUCCAGGCGACGCGGGGCCCGUAUAUGGCUAGGCACAUUCGAAACGGCAGAGGAGGCUGCCUUGGCUUAUGAUAGGGCUGCUUUUAACAUGCGCGGCUCUAAGGCCCUCCUUAAUUUUCCAGCUGAAGUGGUUGCUGCAGCUACAUCAGCUCAAAACUUUCAGCCAAUUUUGAGCUCAACAAGGUCAAGUAAAAAUGCUUUGGAUACAAGUUUUAGCUGUAGGACAAUAUCAAUUGCAGCAUCGCAACCUGAAUCACAGAGUAGCAAAAGUGGGGAGCCGCGUCAUAAGGGGCCUGAUAUCGUAGAGAAUUAAUUAGUAGAUUUUGCUCAAAUUUGUCGAGCAAAAAAUUUGUUGUUAUUGGACUCUGUCUAUGAUCAUCACUUGCAUAUGAGAAGAGGUCAGUUGGUAUAGUUUGUAGACUGCGUCAAAUGCAUAAUGCAAGUGUAUCAAUGAAGUGUUAUUCUGUACCAAGAUGAGUGUCAUAAGGGCAAGAGCAACGACAAGGAACUAAUUAAAGAUUAUAAAUCCAAUUUGUUCUGAGA